CAAUAAUAGUGUCUGCGUAGUAAAUAACCAAACAUAUCUCACAGUGAUAUCUAGAAGUAAAAUGUGUUAAAUAUAAUUAGAUGAUGUGCUCAUGAAGAUACUCCAUAUAAGACAACGCGUAUAAGUGAGCUGACGUAUCUCAAGUGGUUGAAGAAUUGGACUUCCCAAAGAGAUGCUACGUUUACGGAUUAAAGGACCACAUUCAGAGAGAAUGUGUAGCGAGUUUGCAUCAGCACUAUUACAGAAUCUACACGCUCUGCAAUCUCUGAGACCUAAGAUUGAGAGGUGUUUGUUUAAUCUGCAGUGCCCCGUUAAUGUCCUGGUUAGAAUUCAUACGUAUUAAGUGAGUCAGUUUGCCGGAUGGCCGUAUGGGCAGCCUACCAGACCUGACGGAGCGCUCGCGGUCGCACAGCGUACGGCCGGCGACGCGGACCAUCUCAGAUCCUCACCGGCAUCACGCUGUGAUACCCCAGAUACCUGUUGGCAACUUCUGUAAGAAGGAAUGGUUAUGGCGCAAAUCGAAAACACCAACAAAGAUGCCACAAUUAGUCUCAAAUCGAAGACGAGAGUCUGUUGCAUCCUCCCUCGGUGCCACUUCUGUUCGACGGCUCAUUACACGACCUCCCCAGAAACUCCCGAAACCAAUCAUAAUACGCUUCUCGCUACUCUGUGUGGCAAGUGGGCUUUGCUCGACAGUAAUAUUACCUUUCACGGCUUUCGCUGGAGCAGAAGCCGGGGCGACACCACUUGCAAUUAUGCAUGCAGUUGCUGCUAUAAUUGCACCGUUCUCUCCAAUAGUUCUACAGAGAACUGGAACAAGAGCGGUAGUUGCAGCAGCACAUGUAUUAGUAGGCAUUUUAUUAUUAGCUCAUUCCAUUGCAACACCUUUAGCAAUCCUACUGGUCUUAUACGCCUUAUGCGGCUUAAUGCUCUCACCAAUGCAAUUGGCUCUAGCUGCCUCAGCUACUUCAUUUGCUCAAGCAGCUGGUGACGAAUUGAAGAGGAAAGUUAUGCUUAGACGAGCAUUGAGAGCUCUCAAAGCAGCCCAAGAUGUGGGUCUAGUUUUUGGUUCAUCUAUGCUUGGACUCGCGUUAAUAAUUUGGCCUGAAAAUCUGUUACCACUGUUACAAUUGCCAACUAGACUACAGAAUUAUUCUACUCCGGGAUGGCCACCAUCUGAAGACGACUUAGCAGAAGAAGAUUUUGAGGAAAUGACAUGUGGCGCGUCAGGAUGUCCAGAUAUUCAAUCAUUAGUCGGCAUAUCUUUAAGUGCUGAAGGUCGAACAGUGGUUGUGGUAUUGUGGGCCAUAUUGUCCUUUGCUGCUGCAGCUCUGGCAGUGUAUGGGGCAGCUUCAAUACCAUCUCCCCCACCCGAUGCUCGGUCAAUUUACAAGGACCCACGAGCCUAUCUGAGUUUCCCAAUGGGGUUAUUUAUUGGACUGCAACAAGGAUUUAUAUACACAUCUUACAUUAAGUGGUACGGGGUUUGCAUCGGUGGUUGGAGCGAGGCGUGGCGAGCAUUGUGCGGUGCAGGAGCGCUACAAGCGAUUGCUGCCGUGACGCUGAGCAUGGCAGCCGCACGAGGCCGGAGGGGCGCCCUGGCGGCCGGCGGCGCCGCAGCACACGCCUCGCUCCUGCUCGCUCUGCUGCGCUGGCGGGCUGCAAGAACUGACCUCGCCUUGCCAACUGUUGCUGCGUCUGCUUGGGGAGCCUGUGCCGCUCUUUGGGAUGUCUUGCAGGUUGGUCUGUGUGUGGGAGGAGCAGGAUGGCGUGGGCCGUGGUCGCUCACACUAGCGGCCCGCCACGCUGGUGUAGCGCUUGCGUGUGGGGCCAGGCAAUGCCUGUGUGUACGAACACAACUGGCAGUUCUAGCGUUAGCGCUUGUGGCAGGGUUGGCAUCGCACACAGUGCUAGAGCUCAAGAUGAGGCGAGAUCAACGUCAUCGCACCUAGCGAAGGAGCGGCCCUAGCGCCGACAUCGAUAUAUCUAAUCACGUUACUUCAGAAAUGUAGGUUUACGAUAAGUAACCAUAUUUAAGUAAUGUCGGAAACACUGAAUAAUUGUGAAACAAUAAUUUUAAGAUGUACUGUAAUUAAUAAAUUAAGGCGCUUCGGUCAACCGAAUUAAUUAACAGACAAAUUAAAUAUAGAUUGAAAUAGUAUAAUCGUGGAUUUACCACAUACCUAGUAUAAUCUAUGGAUUAUACUGACUAAGGAUUAUGACCUAAUGAAAAUAAUCUAAUAUGGCGCAGAUUAUCAUUCCUUUUCAUUCACACUCUAUUGCUACAUAAAUAUUCUAUUUAAUAUUAUAAUUUUUUUUAAAGGUAUAAUUUAUCAUAAUAUCAUUCCUGAUCACAUUUUUCCUGACUAAAUGAUCUGGAGGCACAAUGGUAUUUCCUCUUUAGAACUUUGUAGUUGGGAUCCUUUGUGCCCAGUGCCGCAACCCAGAUUCUUAUGUUUUAUAUAUUUAAGACCUGGUAACUACCGGUAUAUGUCGUCAUCACAAGAUCUAAUAAAGAUGGCAUGUGUCUGUCCAUGUUUGGGAAACGCGUAGGUGACUCAAACGAUUGGGACAGAUCAUAUGCCAAUUGGAAACUGAAGUGGCAGUGGGUAGGGCACAUAUUUCUACGGACCCUUGCCGACCACUGGCAUGGGGCAAAAAAGUCCUCGAAUGGCGACCACGUACCCGAAGACGGAGUGUUGGUAGGCCCCCCACAAGAUGGACCGAUGAUCUAAUCAAGAUCGCCGGAAUACGUUGGAUGAAGGCAGCGUGGAACCGAUGGUCGUGGAGAUCUUUGGGGGAGGCCUUUGAACAGCAGUGGACGUCUUCCGGCUGAUGAUCAUGGUACGCCAAUGUAAUUUUAUGCACGGAUCACCCUGCAUAAUACGUGGUGCGCGACCAAAGUCACCCAAGCCUGCGAUUUCAGUGGACGGGAUCUGUGCAAACCUUCGUUAAUGGCCGUUUGAACGCAGCCCAUGAGAUGAUCCAUUUCUGCGUGCUAUGAGACCUGUAGACACAGGUGUAGAUGCGGGCGUGGUCCUCAAAAUCUACGUGCAGCCUGAGAGUAGACAGGUCCCUACUCUGAAAACGUUGGUUCUCGACAUUAACCUAUUGGAAACAUAGCUAUGUUUGUUGAAGAAGCUUCUUCAUGCCGGUUUUCUGUGGAAGUGUGAUUAUAAUUCAGCAGAUUCUGGCCCGUUCGGGAUGCAGUCACAGGACGGCAGCGUGACACUCUCGUAUCGCCCUUAGUCGCCUAUCUCCUGGGGCUACCCUAUUCUUUAUACGCCCGGGGUAAACACAUUUUGCAUAUUGUUAUAAAUCAUCGUACAAGCCGCCAAUUUAGAUUAUUUUAUGGCAAAUAACCUCUAUUGACCCAAUAUUCAGUAAAAGGGCGUUGUUAAGUAGUAAAUCGGUAAAUGUAUUAUUACUAAAUAGAAUAAGGACUUCUUAAGUAUCUUGUACAUAAUAUUCCAACGCCUUUCUUUCUGAACUAACAAUGUUUCUUAAAAUAAGUUGAUAUCAAUAUUUAUGUGUUAAAGCAAAACGUAAGAUUUAUAUACUGUAUUUUGAGUAAGGUUAUAUUGCCUCUACUGUCCCGCACAGGGUUUCUAUAAUUGUGCUGUGAAUGUUUAGUGAUACUUAUCCCUAGAUAAUUUUAAGAUCCCUUUUAUAGCAUAUCUGUGGAUAUUAUGCAAGAGUUGUGAAUUCACCAUUAUAAUCGAUGUAAGUUUACUGUAUACCUACUGCAUCGCUGUCAUAAACUUGUUUUGUACAUCUAUAAUAUUUCGUUAUAUUCAUUAUUAUUAAUUUAAUUGAAAUAAUCAAGAUAUUACCGAUGAAUUUAAUACUUACCUACCUUAUUGACUACCACUACUACUUUCAUGAGAAGUUUUAAGUGUUGCUUAGUAUUGAGUUUUAAUACUAUUUAUUUAUGUAGGUACAUUGGAAAACCCAGUAAGUAAGUUGAUGUAAUUUAUUAGUUGUAAGGUACGAUAAUGUAAUUCCGUGAUUAUCUUUUUUUGACUAGGUUUUUCAUAUAUUUGUAUGAGAAGUUGUACAAUGACUGUGACUGUGAAUUAUAUGGAACUGCACUCAAAUAAUUUAACUUGACGUAGGUAACUUAGUUAAGCUAGCGAGACCGAAAUAUUUUCUCACAUAAACGUCACAAAAAAUGUUGUGAUUAAAUCUGGGUAGUUGUAUCAAAUCAAAUCAAAUCAAAAAUAUUUUAUUUCGCAGGUAAAUUGAAAUUACACUUGAAAUAUAAGUAUCAUUUUUUCAUACAGCUCAUUCAGAAGGCAGAUUUCCUUAGAGAAUCACUAGUUACGGUGCCCUUCAGACCGAAAAAUAGCUUACUUACAUUACUGCUUCACGGCAGAAAUAGGCGCCGUUGUGGUACCCAUAAUCUAGCCGGCAUUCUGUUCAAAGGAGCCUCCCACGUCAAACGAACUUCUUGAAUCUGUCAUACUGCCAACUGUAAGCUAAUACCGUUAUAUAAUUUUGGUACCCUAGUAGUACCAAGACUACGUAUACACGUACUUUUGAAAUUUUAUCCAUAAGACUGUUCGUAGAAUAAAAACAUAUUAAACAUACCAACCAGGAGGCUCCUUUGAAAAGGAUGCCGGCUAGAUUAUGUACCACAGCGGCGCCUAUUUCUGCCGUGAAGCAGUAAUAUAUAAGCAAUACUUUGCUUCGGUCUAAAGGGCGCCGUAUAUAUUGAAAUUACUGGGCGAAUGAGACUAAAUAUCUUAUGUCUCAAGGUGACGAGCGCAAUUGUAGUUCCGCUCUGAAUUUUUGGGAUUUUUAAGAAUCCUGCGGCACUGCAUUGUAAUGGGCAGAGCGUAUUCAUUACCAUCAGCUGAACGUUCUACUCGUCUCGCCCCUUAUUGUUAUAAAAAAAAACUCUAUUCAAAUUUCAAUUGAAAAUACCACCCACUUCGACGGUUGUUACACAUGAGAACCUCGUAUAAUUUAUACAUCUAAAUAGAGUCUCUUACUGUUAUUAACUAAUAAAAACAGAUAAAAAAAACACUCGUGAUUGGCACUUUGUGUUAGUGUGCGUGAAUUGCUCAAAGUAGAGUUUAGUUCUAAGCUCUACAUAUUUUUCGACGUUUUCACAGCUGUCUGAUGAUUGAGCUAGGAUUUCCAUAUCACUGUCACUAUCACUAGAACUGGAGAGUAUUGCCAUUGCCAAAUCCAUUAGGUACGAAAUAAAUCUACAGCAAACCAGCUAAAUAUUUUUACUCGUGAUCUACAGAUGCAAUCUUAAGUCUGAGGAAAGUCUAAGAUUACGAUUUUUGCUUCUUGAUCGAAAGGUUAAAACGAAAGAUAUGUUAUUGACACGCUCAAACUGUCAUUUUCGAACAGAGUUAAUCUGUAAUCUAUGAUCCCCAAAGAUAUAUUGAUUUUAAAUAUUACAAUUUUGAUCCAUGGUUUGUUUAUUGGAACACUUAACUAAAGACUUGGAUUAUAUUUUUGAUCGAAAAUCCGAAGAUCAAAGAUUAGAUUGAUUAUUAAUUUCGGCCGAUAGUCUAUACUCUAUCUACACGUGUAAAUGAUCUAAGAUUACCAGUACAUCGACGUUGUUGUGCACACUUUUACAAAUAAUCAAUUUUACUGUGGAAAAUGAUAUAAUAUGAAUGCAAUUUUGUAUUUUCCAAACUAUUUUCAUACUACAUAGGUAAUAUGGCUACACAUAUGUCUUUUUUAAUGAAAAUAAGGGACGAGACGAGCAGGACGUUCAGUUGAUGGUAAUUGAUGCGCCCUGCCCAUUAUAAUGCAGUGCCGUUCAAGAUUCUUGAAAAACCCCAAAAAUUCUGGGCGGUACUAUAACUGCGCUCGUCUCCUUGUGACAUAAGAUGUUAAGUCUCAUUUGCCCAGUAAUUUCACUAGCUACGGCGUCUUUUAGACUGAAACACAGUAAUGCUUACACAUUACUGCUUUUUCGGCAGAAAUAGACGCCGUUGUGGUACCCAUAAUCUAGCCGGCAUCCUGUGCAAAGUGACAGGCUCCCACUGGUAAAAAAGUGUAUGUAGUAUAGAUUUUAUGUAAUUAGUUUAAGAAGUGUUUUGUUAAAUUUAAUUGUGUAUACUUUUAUUAUUCUUGCAGUUCUAAUAUUCUUAUAAAAUAAUCGAUAUUACUUGUACGUGUUUAUCAAUUUCUAAAUUUAUAAGAAGAACCUUCAAUCUAAAUGUUAAGUGUUUUUGCUUAAAUAAAGGAUUGGUCUAAACUCUAAAGUCUAAACUAAAUACCGCACUACCUAAGAACAACUACGUCUGCGGUAUCUAGUUGGAGCACAGCGGAGAACAAUCCUUAAUCUAAGGUUUUCUGUUAUUAUCAGCUGUUACUCAAAAUUAUUGUAAUUUUAGCUGAUGCUUAUGUAAUUAAAUUUUAUUAGAUGUUAAUUAUUAACUAUAAUAAAAACAAUAGAUUUACAAUGUUUAAAAUAGAAAAAAAAACAUAAAUUAAAUUAUACCUGUCAGGCUGAAACCUAUAGAGCGCACUAAAACUUUAUUUACGUAAAACUUGUCUGAGUAUAAGGUUAGCAUAAUCUUUGAUUUCGUUUUUAUCACUGACCUCUACUAUACCACUGGACUGGCGGCUGUCAAAAGUCCUUUUGUGCCUGUUUGAUAUUCGCCAUUUUUGCGCUGUUGGCCAUGUAGUGAGAGUCUGCGGUACUAAAACUAGCGACGACAACCUAAGCAAACAUCAAUAGAUGGUGGGAAACUAUUUACAAAAAUAACUGUGCACUUUAUUACGUUGAUUCUUGAAGUAUAAAUAACACGGAAACGAACGAAAUUAAUGAAAAAUGCAAAAAUACUUCAGACGUAUGUACGUUCCUUCGCAGCCAUUUGUACUAUACGUCAAAAUUAGUUCUCUGAACGCUCGCGAGUGGCGCUUCAAAUAGGCACAAAAAAUUUGUAGUCAAACAUAUGGAACAACCUGUCCAGUGGUAUUUAUGCAGGUGGUUUUUAUAGUCAUUUGACAGCUGAAAUUAUUAUGUGCUUAAGUUAAGACAGCCCAAUGCAAAAGUCAAGUUCGCGUUUUAUCACACUGAGCUAAGUUUUAUGUAAGUAAAGUGUAAGCAAAGUCUUAGUACGCAUUAUAAAUCUUAGGCUGAUUCGCACCUGGU